AACGGUGGAACUUUAUCUAAUACUAUUAAUUUCGCUCAAUGCAAAAGUGUCGGAGAAAGUGGUUUAAUCCUUCGAAAUAAAGAUAUUUUCAUCAUGAAGUUGAGCAUUAACCAUCAAUACCGCGAUACUCCGUAAAUGUUUCGUGCUAAGCUUCGCCGCGCGCGUGAAACAAACCGAGGAAAAUAUCGUACGCCAUUGAAGAGCGUGAAGUGCAAAAACAGCAGACUCCGGAGUCUAGAUUGAGGCAAAUCAUCAAACUCUCGAGUGCAUGUCUCAGAUAAAAAUUGUCCAUUUGAUGUUGGAGAACUUCGUUCAUAAAAUCGUUUGAUUACAUUGAUGCGCACACAGUGAAUACUGGUGGUACGAGAAGUUGCAUAAAUAAGAGGAAUCAAAUCAACAAAGUCUUCAACCCGGUUGUUAAUUGUUCUAAUUCAAAAAGAAAAACACAUCGUAAAAGUGUAUCAACGUCUACAUCUUUAGAAGCAGAGAAAGUGUGAGCAAAGAAAUUUCCAAAAUGCUCAUUCGGUGGAAGAGUAAAGACAAGAGCUCCUCUUCAAAUUCAUCUGGCAGUACGAAAAAGAAAAGGAAAGGGCGUGAGGGAGACGAAGACUGGCAGAACGAAAAGGGAAAUCGUAAUCAACCAAAUGAGCCAGCAACCGAAGACAGAAGACGGGUUGCCAGAAGUAGAGAAGAUCCCAGGCGACAUACGUUAGGCGGAGACAUGUUACACUAUCAAGGACAAGGCGAACUAUCAGUGCUCCAGAGAUCUCUGGAUUUAGAUACUACUCAGAUGAGAGCAUAUGCGCCAGUAAAUCAAGGUCCAUUAUUCGAUGAUGACCCAGGAAUUAUGUCUGAAGUGGAAACGGCCAGCACUGGAUUUAGACGAGGUGGAAAACAACGAUCCUCAUUACCAGUUGUGAGAACGCCUUCUAAAACUCUAGAAAGACCUUUAGGACUAGUGUUUUUGCAAUACAGAUCUGAAACAAAAAGAGCAUUGCUUCCAAAUGAAAUCACCUCUAUCGAUACAGUGCGCGCUUUGUUUGUGAGAUCAUUUCCCAGACAACUGACUAUGCAAUACUUGGAAGGACCGAAUGUGAAAAUCUAUAUCCAUGAUUCCAGUAAGGAUAUGUUCUAUGAGCUUGAGGAUGUGCGAUCGCAUCUUCGGGAAAUUCGCGAUCGUUCAGUAUUGAGACUAUUUGAAUCCAAUGAAGUAAGUGCUCCUCAAGUGUUACCUGGAGGUCCCGGUAUUCCACAACCAUUAGCUACACCAGCUGGACUAUGGGAUUCUGAACAAAGUUAUUUCAGCGAACCGGAAUUCGACUCCGAUUAUCGACAUCAGCACAUUCAUAAGAGUAAGACUGGAAAAGCACCUUAUUAUAUGGGAGCACAAACUUUGCCAAGGGGAAUGUAUUCCGACAGAAGCAAGAGCACAACCGGACUGCCUACUAAACCAAUACGGUCGUAUGGAUCGAAAGGCAGUAUCGGUCCAUCAUCGUUUCCAUAUUCCCCAGAUCAGCUCUAUAGCAUUCCAGAUGGAUACAUGAGUUCUCCAGAACGAAGUGGUUCCAACAGAGCAUAUGAAGAACCAUAUUACAGUCAGUAUAGUACUCGUGGAAAUGCAGUUACGUCAAUUAUAGAUGAAGAACAAGGUAGAGAUGCCACGUUGGCAGAGGAUCAAUACGCUAUGUAUGGUGUGAAAGGACUUGGAAGGAUUCCGCCUGCCACGAACCAGAUGUAUGAUCCAACACGGCCUGAGGAUUUACAUCGCAUUCGAGUUGAGCACAUGGAAAGACAGUUAGCCAAUCUGACCGGCUUGGUUCAGAAAGCAUUGACACAGAAACCGACACAGCCAGUAGUUAGUAACAAUCAAAGUACUUUAGGGCUGCCAGCACAAUAUCGUUCAGACAAAUCAGUGUCGUUUGAAAAAUCUGUUUCGUUCAGCGAUGAUGUCCAGGGAACCCCUAAGCCUUAUUCUCCUCAUCACCUCGCUGACUCAAAACCAUCGAAACCUGCUAUCAAAUCGUCAACAUUACCACGAACGUCAUCUCAAGAAAAUUAUUCCCUAACCUUAGAGCGCGAUCGCUUGAAGCCGGCUCCGCCACCAAAGCCGUUGGUGUUAGCAACCAAUCAAUACAACGCUGAUUUAUCGCUCUCACCGGAAGUCUACAAUAAUCUACGAAGUUUGCAAAAGAAGGCGAAAGAUCUGAGAACAGAAGUUCGAGCAAUGAGACGUCUAACUCAAACACAAGCGGUCGCUAUACGGGAAGAUAUCAAAGAUACCUUUAUGAGAAUUAGGGCGACAUUGUUAUCAAGUAGUGGUGCGCUGUGGGGACAAUCUGACCAGGAACGGACUAAAAUGACUAGAGAUGAGGAAAUAUACAAACAAGAAGUAAUACGAUUAGAAAAGGAUUUGAGUGAUUUGGAAUCAUCAGUUGAAGGAUUGCGUGGAGAGGUUAUCAAUCGUCGCACACGUGUAAAUAUGACGGCUGUUGAAGACAUGGCUCUUGUAUUGAGUCGGGCAAGUAAAACUGUCGCCGAACUAAAGUUACGGUUCCCCAUGUUGCAACAGGACUUGCGUACGUUUUUAUCACUUGACAUGGAAAGACUUUGCCGAGAAGAAAAUUUCUUAAAAGAAGAGCCAGAAAGGUUGGAAUCCGCUUUGAGAAGAUGCAAAAAGUUAACUGGAACAUUAGUUACGUUGAAAAGGCUCGCAAGCGUUCAAGAACAACGAUUGCCUCUUCCAGAACCCUCCCUGUCGGAAGAGCCAGUGAGGUCUUCAGAUGGACCUCCUAAUCCCAAUAAGCCAGUCCCAAGUCCCCGGUUGGGGGCGGUCACUAUCAACGGGGGAAUUGCGCCAGAAAACGCCCUCGAUGCUCUACUAGAUGAACUGCAAACAUUCGCCAAACCGCCUAACGGGACAAAUGAGAUUCGUCCCGACGAUUCCACUUCUGAUGACAGCUCUCAGGCUAUACAGAGCACUGUAACUACGAAAAUGGCACAAGCACAGCUUUAUCCUGACGCAAUUUCAACUAACGUAGGUUUACGACGUUUACAUUCAUACCCAAGUGGAUCAGACACGGACACAAGUCCUCCACAGCCAAUACGUCCUAUUGGAAAACCUCCGGUUCCAGAACGCAAUGCCGACUUGCUAUCUAAAGUCAACUGCAAGCGUGUACCACCACCUCCACCGCCGCGAACAAGUUCUCGCAGCCCAUUGGCCAGUCCCACCAGUCCCAACAUGCCUCAUCAAAUGCAACAAAUGUCAGACAUAGAUCAGCAAAGUAUUAUCAAUUCUGAAAAUAUGACUAAAGAUUCUGGAAUGGAUUCCAGCAGCGAAUCUGUUAGCUCAGAUAACUCUCAGCGACAACAGGCUCUCGAAAUGCGUCAUCAAGAGUUGUUGAAAAAACAAAAACAAUUACAAGAACAAUAUCAACGUUUACAACAAAUGAGUAAAAAUAACAUUCCGCUUGCUACUCCUGACGAUAAGAAAAAAAUGAGGUCUGGCAUGAGUGGCUCUACAAAAAAUUUAACAGAUGACAAUUUUUCUGACAGUAUUGAAACUUCUAAUGGUAACUUUGACAAAAAUGGUGAACUCAAUACUAACACUGGCACCGUGAGCAAUCUUACAAAGACUACAAAUAAGGUCUAUGAAACAGAUAUACUAUAACAGCAGGCCAAAGGAUGGCGAGAAACAGAUGUAGAUUUUCUAUGAUCUAAUUUAGACGCUAAACAUAUGUUUAGAUCCUUUGGCAAUUGAUGCUGAAGUUUUGUUAUGUUUUAUAAGUUUCGAUCUAUAUGUCAAAGUGAUACAGACGAAAACAAAAAUCGAGAGGUGUUACGAUUAUGUUAUACAUCUUACUUGUGAUGUUUUGAAUA